UUCCAGACCAUCAUUUCAAUCAUCAGAUCAAAAAGGAAAGCUUAUUACAGACAGACAACAGAGAAAGGAUGCAUUCGGUAAAAGAGAAAGUGAGCAAUGCCGCCAGUGCAGCCAAAGCCCAUGUCGAAACCUACAAAGCCAAUCUUGAAGAAAAGGCGGAGAAAGCAACUGCAAGAACGCAUGAAGAUAAAGACAUAGCACACCAACGGAGGAAAGCUAAGGAAGCAGAAGCCAACAUGAAUCUGCAUCUCGAGAAAGCUGACCAUGCCGCCGAGAAGCUACACGGGAAACACCAUGUGGUUGGUCAUGACACGGUGGCCGGAGCUUACGGUGGACACCACCAGACACCUGUUGGUACGGCGGGCCAGACGACCACCACCACCACCACCACCGGAACUAUUCCUGGAACAGCGAUACCCACCACCGUCCCAGCAAACCCUCUAGGAGGACAUGUCCAUAAACACAACAAACAUAUCUAGUUUCUUUUGCGUUGCUUUUUUUGUUGUAAUUUAGUCAAUAAUAUGUUUUAAGGUAUUUGCAAGAAA